CUUCGCAAACUAACCAGCAACAGCAACAGCAACAGCAACAGCUCCAGUGAGAUUGAUUCGGAAAGGCCCAUGGUUUGGUGAGGAGCAUCAGUGAGAAAGAAUUGACGAGCAAAGACAGCAGAGCUCGGGAACUCAGCAUGGAGAACACGGCAUCAGCAGCAUACAGCCAUGGCCAGUCGAACUCACAAAGCACAGCUUCCACCGGGCACACACGGCCGAGCUCUUUACACCGUCCAGCGGCGAUCAAGCUGCUGCCAGCGCCCCUGCAAGCACCUCCUCCGUAUUCACUCGGCGCGCUGUACCAGGAUGCAGUAACAAUACGUGCACAGGCGGUGAUAGCCGCAGAGUGCGAGAAUGGCCUGCCCGGUUACUGUGGACAAAGCAGACGCGAGGCGACAUUCCAGCCUUACAGUGAUGCAUGGCGGCCGAGCAGUCCAGAUGGCGAUGACGUGCCGCUUGGACAGCUCAUCAUCACGCACAUGUACGCGGAGCCAGAGGACGACUCAUACGGCGGCGAAGCACCUCCGCCGUAUGCAAUCGCGGUGCGGCAGUCGUUUCGCGAAACACUGAUUCAGCACAUUCCGCAUAGUCAGCAUGAAGCGGGCGAGGUGGACGAGGAGAGCGAAGUGGGCAUAGAGAUUGCGAGGCCAGAUGACGUGCGGUACUCUGUUGAGCGGAUGGUGGCCAUGGUUGUUGUUGCGAUUAUACUCUUCGUGAUUUCGGGGAUACUGGCGUGGCUGGCGUUGGGGAGGAGGAUGUUGGGUUGAAGUCAGGCGAGCCGGCGCCGAGGGGUCAUGGGGACAAUCACAUGGGGAGAUUGUCGGGGAUGGACACUGGGGGGGGGAUUCUGGCGGCUUCAAGCGUUGGAUAGACGAUAGCGCGGCGGGCUUGUCUUGUACGGGUACAUGCAAUAGACACGAGGGGCACAGAGCGAGCGUGUGGCAGGACUAGGUGUAGGCGCGGGCAGCCAGCCUUAUGGACCACUGAUACGAUGCAGGCCUUUGGCGUUGGCGGUGCAGUUUGGCUGCGCUGGCCUGAGGCAUCCAGCGCGGCCAAGCAUGCUGAUGUGAGCAGCGCCCCCAUCAGGGCCCAACGCAGCCAUGUUGAGGCGGC